AUGGACCGCCCUUUCCCAGCUUGGGGCAUUGCCUAUGCGAUCCUCCCGGCGAUUGGCUUCGCAGUUUUGGGUUACCUGGAUCAGCUGAUGAUGCGGCGCGUGGGUGCGCCCAGCGCCUCGCUCAGGCAGAUGGAGUCCAUAAAACAUAUCCUUCAUGCUUUCCUUCUUAAGACGGUCUCAGGUUUGUUCGGGCAGCACUCACGCUGCCCAUCUGUGCAGUGCCGGGCUUGCCCCUGUCCGUGGCCGAGCAUCACCCACGUGAUCUCGUUGACAACUGACGAAGUGAAGCAGCUGCCGGCAGGUGAGCGCAAGGCUCAGCACUCUUCCUGGCACCGGCUCAUCUGGGACCCGGCCAAGUACCCGCAGUACCACUACAUCCAGAACUUUCCCAUCAGUCGAGUGCGCCUGUACACUGUCGUCCAAGUCAUCUGGCUUGGAAUCCUCUAUGGGAUUCAGGCAAUUAAGGAGACUUCUGUCGUGUUCCCGUUGUUUGUGGCCUCCCUGGCCAUCAUCCGGAAGGCCAUGAGGUUCAUGUUCACCGAGGAUGAACUGAAGCAGCUGGACGACCUCCCAGGUGAGGACGAGGAGGAGGAGACGGGAAUGUCGAAGACCGAUAUCGUCAAUCUGGAUGUGAAAGAGGCUGCCUAG